CGAGGUAGUACCGGCAACAUGGAGGGGGACUGCAUGGUAUUUAAGCGCGCGGCGCUGCCCAUGAAAUGCAUUUGUUAUCAACCCAAGUUGAAGCUACCACGAACCAUGUUCCCCUCAGUGUGCAAAGUUAAAAUUAUCGAGAGUGACGCGCAACGUUACAUGAAACCAAAAAGACCGGAAACGUUAACCAUGGAAAUCAAAAAGAAGUCCGGUGUUGCGAAAAGGUGUCUUUUCGGUGUGGCGGAUCCUCAAGAUACGGAAAACAUGCUGCAACAACAAGAAGAGCUGGAUAGUUUAAGAUUUAUGGAGAGAUUUGGAUUUUCUGUGGAAGAUCUGGAAAAUUUAGAAAAGGAAAAUACGGAAGUGAAAAGGAAACAGUGCCCUAAAAGUAACAGGAAGAUCCUCAAGGCCAAAAGGAAAGUUUUUAGCAACUUCAACAAUCAACCAGUUUUGACAGAUUUUUUCAAAUCAAAGAAAAAUAUAUCAACAUACGAACAAAGCAAGGACAAAAAAGAGAACUGAAGACCAAAAAUGUAUUUAUAAUAUUUAUAUGUGCUCUAUCCAAAGUUAUUUAGUUUGUAGAUAAAAAACGACUGUCAUGUUAUAUUUUUUCUAUAAAAAAAUGUACCAUACUCACGUCUAGUCCUUUAUGUAUGUAUUUGUAUAUUUGUAUGAUAUUUGUUAAUUUAAUAAAUGUAUUUAUUGAC